AUGAAAAAUCAUCUUGCUAGAACCCAUAUCCAAGUUAAGCCAUGUGGUGAAGUUCCCGAAGAUGUUAAAAUGAAAUUUCAAGAGUUGUUGGUAGCAAAGAAAGUUAAUAAGGAUGAUGAUGAUGAUGAUAUGGUUGACAUUUUUAAACAGCAAGAUGUUAAUCCUAAUACAGGUAAAAUUGAUAGUUUUCUUAGUAAGGGAAAAAAAGGAAGUGGUUCUAACUCUAAGCAAAGAACUUUAAAUGAAGUUGUGAAGGAUAGGGAAAAGGUAAUUCAAGGUAUAUGUAGGUGUCUUUAUGGCAAUGCAUUACCAUUUAAUUUAGUUAAAAGUCCUCUUUUUGUUGACAUGUUAAAGUUAGUGGGAGAUUAUGGAAGGGGAUUGAAACCUCCUACUUAUCAUGAAGCAAGAGUUUCUUAUUUGAAGAGAGAGGUUGAUCUUGUGGAAGAAAAACUUGGAAAGUAUAAAAAUGAGUGGAAAAAGAAUGGUUGCACAUUAAUGUCAGAUGGGUGGAUAGAUGGAAAGGGUAGAUCAUUGACUAACUUUCUUGUCAAUAGUCCAAGUGGGACAGUUUUUUUGAAAUCUAUUGAUACCUCCGAAUUUAUAAAAAAUGCUCAAAAAAUGUUUGAGUUACUUGAUAGUGUUGUGGAGGAGAUAGGAGAAGAGCAUGUUGUACAAGUGGUAAUUGACGGAGCAUCCAAUUAUGUAGCUGCCGGUAGAAUGUUAGAAAAGAAAAGGAGAAAGCUAUUUUGGUCUCCUUGUGUGGCUCAUUGUCUUGACUUGAUUCUUGAGGAUAUUGGAAAGAUUACGGUAUUCUAUGACACCAUUGCAAAAGCCAAGCAAGUCACAAGUUUCAUUUAUAGGCAUACAUGGGUGCUUAAUUUAUAUAGAAAAUUUUCAAUGGAUAAAGAGCUAGCAAGACCGGCAGUAACAAGAUUUGCAACAUCUUUUCUCACAUUGAGUUGCAUUAUGGAUAGUAAACUAGCUCUUAGUCCAUGUUUGCAUCAGAAGAAUAGGCAAAUAGUAUACAUGCUACUACAGUUAAGGGGAAAAAAGUGGUGGAUAUUAUCUUGA